AUGGAGGGAUUCCUCAGGUCAUUUACUAUGGGUUACAUAGUCCAAGCUGCAGUCGGCUGCUUCACUGCACUUCCCAAACUAACCAAGCAACCGAGCAGCCUUCUCCAGGCUCUGAAGCACAGAAAUAACUUCAGCUUGGGGGCAUUUCUAGGGCUCUUCACUGCUGUGUUCAGGAUGGUGAACUGUGUACUUCGCUGGCUGAGGGACACAGACCAUGCUAUCCAUGGAGCUGUGGCAGGUUUCCUGGCAUCGUGGUCCAUGUUGUUUUAUAAGAGUACCAGUGUGGCUCUUUAUCUAGCAACCAAAAUUACAGAGAUUUUAUAUUUUAAAGGUAUAAAGAAGGGCUGGGUCCCUCAUAUAAAAUGUGGUGAUAUAUUGCUGUACAGUAUAUCCACCUCAAUAUUGUUUCAUGCAACUGUGUUUGAAGCCCACAGCAUAAGGCCUGCAUAUUGGAGGUGGCUAUUAAAGAUUACAGGAGGAAAGUUUGCUAUGAUAAACAGAAAACUACUUGACAUCUAUGGGACCCAGGCUUCCAAACUUUACCCAGAUUUUGCGCCAAAGUUAGACCCUCGCUUCUCUGAGAUGGCCAGAAAAGCACUUCUGGAGGGAAAAUCAUAACUUUAUGUUACUGUACUGUAUUGUCAUGGACAGACAUUGUGUCUGGUUUUUUUGCCAGAUGUGCUCUGCAUGAAAAAAGUCAUGAGCCUUAUCCAAAUCAAAGCAUGUACCAAGUAUUUUGAUAUAUGCUGGUGCCAUUGUUAUAAACUAAUAUGUGAAAACAGUCUACUGAAGAUGCUGAAAAAAUGUAUCAAAUAAACAGGUAAUAAAAGAAUAACAUGUUAGCACAUCCUACAAAAGAUGAGUUGAAUUUGAAAUAUUGAAUGAGAUUUUCUUGAUCUGCAUAACUUGUAUUGUGUGAAGUCGUAAAAAAGAAUAUUUGAAAUGUUGUAUUGCUUCUCAAAAUGUCGAACCUACAAAGGUCCCAUCCUUAUCACAGUGAAAACCACAUUUAAAGCUUUCCAUGUAUUAUGGAGUGUGUGUUGUGUAAUACAAGUAGUUUGACAGAUGUUGCAGAGGAUAUUCUGAGAUGUCAGCUAUUAUAGAGGGGCCUCUGCAACAUAUUUGCUCAGUGCUGCAAAAUCUGUGAUAAUUUCCAUGCGAACUUGAGAUUCUUAAAUGUUAUAUUUUUGUUGCUUUGUUACUUAUUAUCAUGUCAAAAAUCUGAUAUUUAAUUAGCAGUCAUUUCCAUGUCAGGGGGAGGGAAUAAGAAUUGUAGAUAAAUGUCAAACAAUUUUGUAAUAGUGUUUUCUGUAAUUUUUUAUGUGUUUAUUUUGUUCUAUUCCAUUGAAUCAGGUGAUGUUCCAAAACACUUGUUUACAAAGGAUCACAUAUUUGGAGUAGUAUUUUUGUGCCAUCAGUUAAAGUUUUUUUUCACAGCAUAGAAAGCAACAAAAUUUCUAUAUCAUAACCAAAUCAAAACUGAACACUUAAUUUUGGGAUUAUAAUUUGUUUAUUCUAUGUCAGAAUAAUUUUUAGCAAAAUUUCGUAAAAAAAACAUUUAGAUUUUAAAAUUGCAGUUACAGACUUUACUUUUCAUCUAUGAUAUUUUUAUUGACAGUUAGAAAGAUAAUUUUGCUGAGUCCUUAAUGACAAGACCAACUUUGAUCUUCCAUUACAGAUGCAUGUUAUUUAAAUAAAUCUCAUCUAUUAAGA